AUGCUUGACAUCGUCAUUAUCGGAGCAGGCAUCGCGGGCCUCUCCGCCGGAAUCUCGCUUCGCCGCGCGGGCCACAAGGUGCACAUCUACGAGCGAUCCGCGAUGAACAACGAAGUGGGCGCCGCCAUCCACGUCCCUCCGAAUGUCGCACGCUUCCUUGUCCGCUGGGGUCUCGACCCCGAGGCCGCUGGCUUCGUCAAAGCUGGCCCGAUUGAGUUCAAGGACCCUGUGACCCAGGCGACCACGAUGGCCAUGUCGCAUGCCCAGAACAACGAGCGUUACGGCGCCGAUCUGUGGUACGCGCAUCGCGUCGAUCUGCACGACGCUCUGAAACAAAAGGCGACGGAUCCGCUGGGGCCGGGCACUCCCGUGACGAUCCAUCUCAAGUCAUGGGCUGUUGAAUACAACCCCGAAGUCCCAUCGGUGCUGCUGAACGAUGGUCAAGAGAUAACAGCGGACUUGGUCAUUGGCGCUGAUGGAGUUCACUCCAUUGCCAGCGAGACUGUGCUUGGCAGGAAGAACCCUCCCGUUCCUGCGGGUCAUUACAACUGCUGCUACCGUUUCCUGAUCCCAAAGGACGUUCUCGAGCAAGACGAGGAGACCAGAUUUUUCAACGAGAAUUCGGACAACCUUAUCCGCCUCUACCCUGACCACGCGACGAGUCGACGGCUUGUCUCCUACCCAUGCCGCAAGAACACUAUCCAUAACUUCGUCGGACUUUUCUACGAUGAAGAGAUGAAGUCGGUAACCAAGGAGGACUAUCAUGCCGACUUCGACAAGAAUGUUGCGCUCGAGCGGUUCGACGGAUUCCACCCUGGUCUCAAGGCCGUUAUCAACAAAGCAACAGAGAUCAAGAGAUGGCCGUUGCUGUACCGCGCUCCUCUGCCAACAUGGCGCAAGGGCAAGUUGGUCCUGGCUGGUGAUGCGGCACACCCAAUGCUACCUCAUCAGGGUCAAGGCGGUGCCCAGGGAAUCGAGGACGGUGUUGCUCUCGGCAUCAUUUUCUCCAAUGCCACAGAUUCCUCUCAGGUCGAAGAGCGGAUGUCACUAUACGAGAAGCUCCGCCGCGGUCGUGCCAGUGCCAUUCAGAUUCUCAGUAACGUGGGUAUUGAUGAGGCGCACAAGGUCAAGAAGGAUCUUAUGAAGUUCUUGAAUGAGGAAGACAUCCCUACGGAUCACCGUGGAAUCAUGUCUUUCACUUACAGUUACGACGUCAUCAAAGAGGCUACUGAGGUCAUGAAGAAGUUUGAUCAUGGCUUCGCCUUGCCUCCGAACUUCUUCGAUAACGUGGAAAAGACAGAAGACGAGAGAAGCUCGGUCAAGCUUGAGACACAAGUUCGAGUCAAUGCACAGCCGAUCGCAGCAUGA